CGGGGCUUCGGCUCCAACGGCGGCGCAUGCGCAGCGGAGCCCGGCUGGGUCUGCGUCUCCGUCUCCCCUCAGAGCCGGCCCGGGGGCUGCGGACGCGGAGGCGGAGGAAGCGGCGGAGGAGGAGCAGGACGGAGCCCCGCGUAGGCAGCCACGCCGCCUUGGGGCAUGGCCGUCAAUGUGUAUUCGACAUCUGUGACUAGCGAGAACCUGAGUCGCCAUGACAUGCUCGCAUGGGUCAACGACUCUUUGCAGCUCACCUACACCAAGAUUGAACAGCUGUGUUCAGGAGCUGCCUACUGUCAGUUUAUGGACAUGCUGUUCCCGGGCUGCAUCCACCUGCGGAAAGUGAAGUUCCAGGCCAAGCUAGAGCACGAGUACAUACACAACUUCAAGGUGCUGCAGGCCGCCUUCAAGAAGAUGGGCGUCGACAAGAUCAUCCCAGUGGAGAGGUUGGUGAAGGGGAAGUUCCAGGACAACUUUGAGUUCAUUCAGUGGUUUAAGAAGUUCUUUGACGCCAACUAUGACGGGAAGGAGUACAACCCGCUGCUGGCGAGGCAAGGCCAGGAGGUGGCCCCCUCUCCAAACCCAGGUGAUCAGAUCUUCAGCAAACUCAAGAAACCCAUUGGCACCGCAGUUCCACAGAGAACUUCCCCCACAGGCCCCAAGAACUUGCAGAACCAGGCCCGAAUGAACAUUGCCCCCAGCAAUAUUGCGCGGAAAAACCCUUCCUUGGCCCGGAACGGGGGCAGCGAAGCGGAUGCCCAGAUCCUGGAACUCAACCAACAGUUGAUGGAUCUGAAGUUGACGGUGGACGGCCUGGAGAAGGAGCGCGACUUCUACUUCAGCAAAUUGCGGGACAUUGAGCUGAUUUGUCAGGAGCACGAGAGCGAGAGCAGCCCCAUUGUCGCAGGCAUCAUUGGCAUUCUGUACGCCACAGAGGAAGGCUUUGCCCCCCCAGAGGAUGACGAGCUGGACGAGCCCCACCCGGAAGACCAGGAUGAGUACUAGCUGCAUGCGUCCGUGCGUGCGCCUGUCGCUCGCUGUCCCGCCAUGAGAGAGACCGCCCCCACGCUCCUCACUGACCAUGGACAUUUACGGUUUCGCAUUGUACAGCCUCGUCCUGCACAGUCACACAUUAUAACAGGUUUCUACCGACACGAGAGGCCCAGGUGAUCUCUGUCCAUUUGCAAGCCCCACGGGGAACCCCUCCACCCCCAGCCCCUGUGGUCCAUAGGCAUCCGUAGAGGGAGGUGAUCCGCACUGUAAAUAGGCCUGUGGGGGCAGGGGGGGUCCGAAGGCCUGGUCCGAUGCCCCAGUCUCCCCCCCCCCCUUCGCCCCAUCCCAUCCCACCCCAUCUCCCUUAUUUAUUGAUUUCAGUUGUCUUGGGUGUGAGCGCUCCCAAUUGCUUGUAUUAUAUGGAGAGACAAAUGCGUUGUAUAUUUUUCCGUACUGGAUUUCACUAGCACUUUGCCUGUUGUGUUCAUGCUGAGCCGGGCCAAGCGCCGCCGCCCCUCCUUGCUGCAUCCGACCCAUGGGCUACGGGGUUCAAGCCCAGCACUGGAAGCCAGCUCAGCGGGUGGCCGCAAGGAGGGGCGCUUGGGGGAGGGAGGGAGGGAGAAGAGUUAGACUUGGAGUAUUUAUUUAUUGCUGGGGUGGAUGGGGCCAGGGAUGCUGCUGCUCCUGCUGCUGAGAAUGUGGCUUCCCAGCUGCUUUUAUCCAACAACAUAUCAAGCAGACUGGAGGGGAAGGGAGGGCACUGGACAGAAGGGCGCCUGGCUCCGCCUGGGGCUUGGGCUCAGGGUGUCUGGCCGCUUGGGAGAGAAGGGCGAUGACGGCGCCCAGGAACGCUCUGCCCCUCCCUCACAGCCAUCCCUUUUGAGUUGAACCAUCUCUGUUUUGAGUUGCACCUGCGGGUCCCAACGAGGUUUCGUUCCAUGCAGUUUUGACAAAAGAGCCACACAGACUCUGACUUGGCCCCGAUUCCCUGUUUGCAUUGCUUGUUCGAUCACAGACACCGGUGUGCAGAGCCUGCAUCUGUGUUGCGUUUUAUUUUAAAUAAACUCGUGUGGUUAAAAACUAAAA